CUAAGUCCAGAGGAGAGAUCCUUGGGGGGGUGGGAGGCACAUCUGCACUGCAAAUAAAAACAAUAAUUACAACCACCAACCAAACAACAAAAAAAAGUAACAGCUAAGAAAAAACACUUUAAAUCAAGGACUUUGGAAAUCAGAGAUCACAGAAAUUGUACUAUUAAGGGGGAAAAAAAAAAAAGAGGCAAGAAAUCCAGCGACCAUGGGCCAGCCUGGCUUCCUAGCGUGUACUUUCUGUUCUCUCUCCUUUUUCCCAAGGUAAUUGCAGUCUGCCGAGAGGGAGUUAAAUGGGAUUAAAAGAUCUGUGUAAGCAAAAGGACCCAGAAGAGAAGGAGGAAGGAGUGAGCCGUCCGGGCCAGGGGGUGUCUUUGACACAGCUGAGCCCCUUAGAGAGGCAGAGAGCUGAGCUCCUGGGAAGGAUGUACCCACAAACCGGCCUGUCCCCCUUUUUCUGAUGGAUUGCCGCAAAAAUUGCCCGAAAGAGACAAUGCACUAAACGUGAUGGAGCCGGAAUCAGAGCCGGUCUCCAGACUCAGAGCUACAGCAGCAGGCAGGGGGGGAUUCUGCUUUCUCUGGACUAUAUUAUGUUUUACCUGGUUCCUGGGACUCACACAGGGAAAUUCUGAAGAUGUGGAUGUUCUUCAAAGACUGGGCCUGUCAGGGAAAAGGCCAUCGAGCGGAUGGUCCUCAUCACGUACAGUUCCUCAAGGAGUCAUUCCUUUCAAAUCAGGGGUCAUCUUCACUCAGCGAGCACGUGUCGAAGCACCAGUCAGCACCAUCCUCCCCACAGGCUCCAGCACUGACCUGCUCCUAGUGCUGAGCCUCUGCUCCCACCGCAUCAACAAUGCUUUUCUCUUUGCCAUCAAGAGCAAAAAGAAAAAACUGCAGCUGGGGGUCCAGUUUGUGCCUGGAAAGAUCAUAGUAUAUGUGGGCCACAAGCGCUCUGUAUAUUUUGAUUACAAUGUCCAUGAUGGCCAGUGGCACAAUAUGGCCAUCGAUAUCCGUGGCCAGACAGUCACUUUAUUUACUUCUUGUGGGAAGCGCAGAGUACAUGCGGAUUUGCAUCUUAAAAAGGACGAGGCAUUGGAUCCACAUGGAUCUUUCCUCUUUGGGAAGAUAAACCAGCACUCCGUGCAGUUUGAAGGAGCCAUCUGCCAGUUCGAUAUUUAUCCUUCUGCCAAGGCAGCUCAUCAUUACUGUAAAUACCUGAAAAAACAGUGCAGGCAAGCAGAUACCUACCGGCCGAACCUGCCCCCCCUCAUACCCCUCCUGCCCAGGGAUCCCAGUGCCUCCCCAAGUACCCCACAGCGGAUGGAGCCCUCGCUGCAGGGUCUGAAAAACCUGACCACUGCUGCCCCAUCCUUGGAAUUUGGCAGGGUCACUGCACCCCUCAAGACUCGGAGUUCAGGUGCAACAACCAUUGCGUUGGUAUCAGCCCCACCAUCACUGCCAAGACUGACAACCAAAGCCACAAAGGUCACAGUGGCCCCAUCUCCUGUUCCAUCGAGUACUGGAACACAGCCACCCGCCCGUUCACUCCCUUGGGGGACAGUGACGACCCUCAGGGUCUCUCGGCCCACUCCCAGCAUGCACAUGGAGAAAAAUCCCUUUCCCACGGCCAAAAAGGCCCCACCAACAAGCCAGAGCCCUGCUGUGGCCAGCAGGAAGGAGUCCAAGCAAGAGACCAAAAAGAAGAUCAACCAAAAACCCACCAUUGAGCCCUCUGAAGCACCCAGUACUGUAAAGCCAAUGAGGAGGAUGACUGAUAACACAACCAGCAAUGUCCACUUUGUCACCCUAAAGCAAACCCCACAGAACCCAAGCAAUGGGCCCGUUCCAAAGAAGCACGUGCCGUCCCCCACCAGGAAAGUGGAUCCUAGUAACAUCCCUCUGGUGUACACCAAACCUCCCCUGGGGUCUGCCCGUCCUGUCUCCAGAGCCAGGGUACAGGCCUUCAACCUCACCACCCCAGCUGUGACUGACGGCUAUCAAAUCUUUGACCCCCUUGGACCCACUCCGUUUCCAUUUUUACUGGGAUAUCCAGGAGUGAAGGGAGAGAGAGGACCUCAGGGUCCACCAGGUCUGCCAGGCUUACCAGGACCACCUGGCAAGAGAGGUUCCCGAGGUCCCCCAGGUCCCCACGGAAACCCUGGCUCACCUGGCCCCCCAGGCCUGAAAGGUCAGAAAGGUGAUCCUGGGUUCUCACCUGGAAAAGCUCGCAAUGGACAGAAGGGAGACAUGGGUUUACCUGGUUUGACUGGGUUCCCUGGACCACCUGGUAGAAAGGGAUAUAAAGGCUACCCUGGACCACCAGGUCACCCUGGAGACCAGGGCGAACGAGGACCAGAUGGAAGCCCAGGUGCCAAAGGUUAUCCUGGCAGGCAGGGUUUACCUGGGCCCAUAGGGGAAACUGGUCCAAAAGGCAGUCGGGGAUAUAUUGGUCUCCCAGGAUUGUUUGGGCUACCAGGGGCUGAUGGAGAACGAGGGAUCCCUGGAGUUCCUGGGAAGAGGGGCAAGAUGGGUAGGCCGGGCUUUCCUGGUGAUUUUGGGGAACGAGGACCUCCAGGCAUCGAUGGGAACCCAGGAGAAUUGGGAGCCCCAGGUCCUCCUGGAGUCCUUGGACUCAUUGGUGACAUGGGCUCUGCUGGACCGAUAGGCUAUCCAGGACCAAAAGGCUUAAAGGGGCUGAUGGGAAACCCUGGAGAACAUGGACUGAAAGGUGAUAAGGGUGAUCAGGGAGGAGCAGGUGUUCCAGGAGAUAUCGGCUUCCAAGGAGACAAGGGCAGCCAGGGUUUGCCUGGGGUCCCUGGGGCACGAGGGAAAGCAGGCCCCCUGGGAAAAGUCGGUGACAAAGGUCCAGUCGGGUUUCCAGGACCACCUGGCCCUGAGGGCUUUCCAGGUGACAUUGGCCCACCCGGAGAAAAUGGUCCUGAAGGCCUGAAGGGAAAGCCAGGAGCACGAGGUUUACCUGGGCCGAGAGGGCUGCCUGGACAAGAGGGAGAUGAAGGACCCUUAGGACCACCAGGAGUCCCUGGUCCAGAGGGUCGAUCUGGUCGGAAGGGUUUUCCAGGAAGACCUGGUCCUGAUGGUCUAAAGGGUGAGCCAGGAAACCGUGGCCGACCAGGGAAAGUUGGUGAGCAGGGUCUAAUGGGUUUCAUUGGUCCCGUAGGGGAGCCUGGAAUAAUGGGAGAAAAGGGCGACCGUGGCUCAGUGGGACCCCCAGGCCCUCCAGGAGUCAAGGGGUCGAUGGGGCACCCUGGGACACCAGGAGGAGUGGGUUUUCCUGGAAUUCCUGGACCAACAGGUCCAGCAGGAGUCCGUGGUGCACCAGGGAUAAGAGGGAUGAAAGGCCUCAGGGGUGCCAGAGGGCCUGAUGGACCGGUAGGCGAGCUGGGGUCACGAGGUGUCAAGGGCCGACCAGGGGAGCCAGGCAAGCUAGGGCCAGAUGGGCUGCAGGGGAAGAUGGGUGAGACUGGGGAGACAGGAGCACGUGGCUUCCCAGGUAUUCAAGGACCUUCUGGACCUCCAGGAGCAAAAGGGGCUCCAGGCAACCCGGGUCCACAAGGACCACAGGGGCCACCUGGGCCUUUGGGAGAAAUCGGGCAUAAGGGACCGCCUGGCUCAAUAGGACAACCUGGCCUCGCAGGUGAACCUGGCAUGAAGGGUGAUCCUGGCCAGUUGGGAGUCCCUGGAGAGCAAGGCCUUGUUGGCCAAAGAGGAGAAUCAGGGCUGGAAGGAGACAGUGGGCCACCCGGGCCGGAUGGUGUCAAGGGAGACAAAGGAGAGCAAGGCCUGGAAGGAGAGAAAGGAGAAAAAGGCAACGAAGGACUGAAGGGAAAAGAAGGGCCUCCUGGCUAUCCCGGCAUCACAGGUGUCCGAGGACCAGAAGGGAAACCAGGAAAACAGGGGGAAAAGGGCAAGCCUGGCCAGAAGGGCAGCAAGGGCUACCAGGGGCAGCUCGGCGAGACAGGAUCUCCAGGGAAGGAGGGGCCGAAGGGGAACCAAGGCCCUAAAGGAUCCCGAGGUACCCUGGGACCUAUGGGUGCUCCAGGAAGAAUGGGUGCUCAAGGGGAACCUGGCUUAAAGGGUUACCAGGGACAUGCAGGACCACCAGGGCCAAUUGGACCACCAGGGCCAAAGGGGGAAAAGGGAGAACAAGGUGAUGAUGGGAAGGUAGAAGGCCCACGAGGACCACCUGGAGACAGAGGCCCCAUUGGUGACAGAGGUGAUCGAGGGGAGCCUGGAGACCCUGGUUAUCCUGGUCAAGAAGGGCUCGAUGGAGAAAGAGGAAAACCUGGACAGCAAGGCUUACCUGGGGAUCCUGGACCACCAGGCCAGCCAGGAGCAAAGGGAUCCAAAGGUGAUGUGGGUCAAAAAGGAAAGCAAGGAACACGGGGCAAUGCAGGGAGCAGAGGCUCACCGGGCAUCCUUGGGCUACCAGGUCCUCGAGGAGUGGUGGGAAGGCAGGGUCAAGAGGGUGCCCCUGGAGUGGAUGGAGUGCCUGGGAAGGAUGGCGUGCCUGGGAUGCUGGGAGAGCAGGGUGAUGAUGGGGAAGAAGGUGUGACAGGGAUGUCAGGCAAAAGAGGGAACCCUGGUAUACCGGGACUCCCCGGGGCACAGGGACCACCAGGAUUCAAGGGUGAAAGAGGAUUGCCUGGACAGACUGGCCAAACAGGGAAGCGAGGAUCAUCAGGAGGAACCGGCCUUCCAGGGAGCCCUGGCGAUCCGGGACCCAAAGGACAGCCGGGAGACUUUGGCGAGGCAGGAUUUCCAGGGAUUGCGGGCAUGUUUGGGCCAAAGGGCCCCCCAGGAGACCUUGGUUUCAAAGGCAUUCAGGGACCACGUGGGCCGCCUGGUCUCAUGGGAAAAGAAGGAAUUAUUGGUCCACUUGGCAUUCAGGGUCCCACGGGAAGCCCAGGGCCCAAGGGAGACAAAGGCAGCCGCGGAGAAACGGGUCUGCAAGGUCCAAGGGGUCCUCCAGGCCCACGAGGACACCCUGGCCCUCCGGGACCGCCAGGAAUUCCAGCCUCAUUUCAACAAGACAGCUUUGGGGUAGCCUUCCAGACGCUAAUCGACUCGAACACCGCGCUCAAGACAGAGGGUUACCAACAUCCAGAAAUUCUCACGCUGGACCACGGAGGGGAGAUCUUUAAGACUCUACACUACCUCAGCAACCUCAUUCAGAGCAUCAAAAGACCCCUGGGAACUAAGGAAAACCCUGCACGCAUCUGUCGAGACCUCAUGAACUGUGAACAGAAGAUGAAUGAUGGUACCUACUGGAUUGACCCAAAUCUUGGCUGUUCCUCGGACACCAUACAGGUCAUCUGUAACUUCACCAAUGGUGGGCAGACGUGUCUCAGCCCCGUCACCGUCUCCAAGCUGGAUUUUGACAUCGGUAGAGUCCAGAUGAACUUUCUCCGCCUCCUGAGCUCAGAGGUGGUGCAGCACAUCACCAUCCACUGCCUGAACACCUCCGUCUGGCGGGAAGGCUCAUCCGAGAAACCUUCAGAAAAAGCCGUGCGUUUCAGGGCCUGGAACGGACAGAUGUUUGAGGCAGAUGGGCAGCUCAGGCCAGAAGUGGCAGCUGAUGAUUGCAAGAUCAAGGAUGGACGCUGGCAUCGGACUCUAUUUUCAUUUCGGACACAGGACCCUCAGCAGUUGCCAAUUGUCAACAUCUACAACCUUCCCCCAUCCGAGCCAGGAAAACAAUAUCACCUCGAGGUCGGCCCCGUGUGCUUCCUUUGAACAAAGCCAUCGAAACCGGGCUCCAAGGCUUUGACCCCGUGUUUGGCCUAUGUCUUUACACAGGCUCUCCCACCUCUCUGCAGCAAGGACAACUGGGCUGUAUCUUUGGGUCAACUCUUGCUCUAGCCUUUGGCUCAAGGUCUCAAAGAACCCGUUAUCUACUGAACUCAGCAGAUUGUUGAAAGGAGGAAUAACAAGGACGUAGGAGAAGCGGGUAUCAGUCGGGACGUGAACAGUGAAAAGGGAUCAGGGGACUAGAUGUUGCAAGCGGUUCCACACACAAAGCUUUUUCCAUGACCAAAGAAA